AUGUAAAAUGAAACUUCUAAAAUAACGUGUCAGGCGGCAAUUUUUGUUGUUACGUGCAGUUGAGUAAUUUCGCCCCAAAUUUGUCUAAAUCGAGUGUUAAUUUUAAAAUUUCAAGGAGAACGCAUAGUGAGUCCAAACGCAACAAAAUAGCACCCAAAAAAAAAUAAAAAAGACAGUUUGGGGCGCAAAAAGGGGCAAAUGUUUUGGAUAUUAAUUAAAUAAAGGGAGUGUUCAUUAUUGAUCCCCGUCAUGAAUUUUAAAUCUCUAAGCCCCCUGACGACCGAAUUCGAUAAUGGUCGUACAAGUACCAGUCAGAUUUCUCUAUUACCGACCAUGAGUUUACAUUCCAUUACAGAAUAUUUGGACGACCUUAAAAUGUCCAGAAGGCGGGGUCGCGAUUACGACCACGUUGAUUACACAAAGCUAGCACCUGCUGAUAAGGACAAUGGCUUUAUUGAUGCACAGUUCAUUACACCUGCCCAGAAAGUACCAUGGAAGGCCAUUUGCUUAGCCACUAUGUUGCUAGUCGUGGGCACGUUUUUGCUCAUUUUUGGGUCGCUGGUGGUCAGUGGGCACAUUAUCCUGAACUAUUCAGACAGAAUGUGGCCAAUGAUCAUCCUGGGGCUGCUGAUGUUCAUCCCGGGGGCCUACCAUGUACGCAUCGCCUACUAUGCCUACAAGCAAGUGCCUGGCUACUCUUUUGACGACAUCCCCGAGUUUGAUUAGGGGGGCUUUUCUAAUUGUAGGGAGAACAGUAUUGAGAGAAUAGAUUCGUGUACCUGAGUUAAUUUUUAGAUAAGGACUAAGCAAUCAGCUUUGCGAUUAAUGUGCCUUCUCUUGUCGUUAAUUAAUUAAUGUAUGUGCCCUUGAUCACUGUAUACUUUGUGAUUUUUUUUGUUAACGAAUACAUUACUUAAAUAUUUGGAAUAAAUGUUUAUCUGUUUA